AGGCACGUUAUGUUCUGCACACCUGGAAGGGGUCGAUCAGGGUCGGUCCAACCAUGGAUAGAGUCCAAUUGAUGUGCAUGGUGCAAUUCUACGAUGAAGGAGCGGUGUCUGUCCGGACCGGACCUCGAGAUUACGAAGAUACGGCUCGAAAUCUGGUGAUAUGAUAGUGGCCCCCUAACCCGAUAACAGGAUAAACACUAGAUCCCUAGUACAUGCAGGCAGUUUUGCUUUCUUUUAUCAUCAUUAUAUUGACCCACCUCACUCGGACUCAGGAUAAAAUCCACUUUUAUCCGGACAGCAAAUACUUUUUAUUCGAUUUCAUUUUCUAUUUAUUUCAGGUGAAACGAACAUUCACUCUUUUGCUGUUUUAUGUGCGGGAUCAUUAUCACACUCGGGACGAGAAACUGCUGCUGCCCCACUUGCUCCUGAGGGCGAUCCGAAUUCAAAAUUCAAAUACAUUGUUCUUAGGGCAAUCGGUUGGUAUCGGUGAUAAUCGGCGGUAGAAGCGGCAAGAGUGACUGAUAGCAUGAUAUCUAUCGAUUG